AUGUCCGCUCUCCUCCUCGCUGGUCUCCUCAUCGGAGGUGUCAACGCGCAGACGUUCCGCCGCACUGCGGCGUGCCCGACUCUCGGAUGUGUGUUCCCUCCCGACCAGGCUGACUUCAUCUCUGGACAAACGUUCGACAUCCGUAUCGAGGUCCAGGCUCCGGUCAAUGGCUCCGAGGCGUACAACGGCGGCAGCCAGGACUCGAACUUUGAGCUCAAGAUCGGCGGCAAGGGCGCCGAGCUCAUCCCUGUGACGCAGUUCUUCAACCUGCCCGAGCCUGAGCUCAAGAACUACACGUUCCACUACUACGAGGACCUGUUCGCCGAGGAAGAGGGCCGCCCGACCCUCGUCAAUGUCUUCUCCAAGACUUACCGCAAUGUCCAGCUGCACAACCCGGGGCAGUAUGAGCUCAGCCUCUCCUACCACAAUGGCGAGGAGACCAAGGCGACUUGGGGCGUGAACGAGCGCAAGCCCGUCCAGGGCUGCAAGCCGAAGAACCUUCUCGUUUUCAUCGGUGACGGCAUGGCCACCUCGAUGAUCAGUGCCGCGCGCCUGCUCGCCCACAAGACGAUCAACGGCAAGUACCAGACGACGCUCAAGCUCGACGAGGCGACCGCCUACGGCUCGCAGAUGACGCACUCGCUCGACAGCUUCAUCACCGACUCGGCCAACUCGGCCUCGUCCCUCUUCACCGGCAAGAAGAUGACGGUUAACGGCCUGAACGCGUACACGGAUAGCACUGGCGAUGGCACCGGUCUUGAGAACGCCAAGGUCGAGACGGUUUGGGAGAUGUUCCGUCGCCUCACCGGUGGCCAAGUCGGUAUCGUCUCCAAGGCUUACAUUGCCGACGCCACCCCCGCGGCGGUGUGCACGCACACGUCCCAGCGCGGUCUGUACGACACGAUCAUUGAGCAGUACCUCGUCGGUCUCAUCCCCAACACCUCGGACUACCGUGCGUGGUACCCGUGGCAGGGUGUCGAUGUGCUGUUCGGCGGUGGCGGCGAGAACUUCCUCCCGGGCAAGAAGAACGGCAAUGUGUCGCAGUUCGAGCGCUGGGAGAAGGCCGGGUACCAGCUGGGCUACACGAAGACGGACCUGGAGGGGCUGAACAACGACGACCGCGCGCUCGCCAUCUUCACGCAGGGCAAUAUCUCGACCUGGCUGGACCAGCACGUGUUCACCGACACGCUCAAGCUCGCCAAGCUUGCCAACGGCACCGAGGGCGCGUAUGACCAGCCGGGGCUCAAGGACAUGACACUCAAGGCGAUCGACAUCCUGAGCACGCGCGCCAAGAAGCGCAACACGGGCUGGGCGCUAAUGUCCGAGGCGGCGCUGAUCGACAAGCAGAUGCACGUGCAGGACGUGGACCGGGCGCUGGGCGACCUGCUCGAGCUGGACGACACGGUGCGCGCGACGCUGGAGCACCUCGAGUCCAUCGGCGAGCUCGAGGACACGCUCGUGGUCGUGACCGCGGACCACGGGCACGGCUUUGACGUCUUUGGCAGCACGGACACAAAGUACCUCCAGUCCAAGAAGACGGCACGCGAGAAGCGCAACGCUGUCGGCACGUACCUCAACUCCGGCCUGUCCAAUUACGUCGUCCCGCACGACGUCAGCGCGACAAACCACACAAUCUUCACUGGCCCCCAAGGGCCGGGAUUCCCCGUGACGUGGGACCCGCGGUACACCAUUGCGCACGGCUGGGCCGCGUUCCCGGACAAGCGCGAGGACUUCCAGGUCAAGAAGGCGCACGAGCGUCUCCCCGCCGUCAAGGACAAGGAGAAGGGCGACGGGUACUUCUUCAACCCCCUCGAUGCGCCCGAUGGGUUCGAGAUGACCGGCAACAUGAACGUGGGCGAGGCGCAGGGCGUGCAUUCGCUUGUUGAUGUGCCCGUGUACGCCUGGGGUCCCGGACACGAGAUCUUCCGCGGCGUCAUGAGCAAUGUCGACAUUGCGUUCCGUAUCGCCCAGGCCAUGGACCUGGGUCGCGACAGGAACGAGACCAAGCCGUACCAGCCCUAA